AUGACUGCAUAUGGGCACAGUGCUGGCGAGUCCAUAGAGUGUCUCAGUAUAGCGAUAGAAUUGAAAAAAGAAGAGACAGUGGAUCAAUUUGGCAAUAUCGUAUACAAAGUGGGCUUCAAGAUUGGGGGUGGCAUCGAUCAAGAUCCAUCGUGUGCUCCAUAUAAGUAUCCCGAUCAGGUAUACUAUACGCUGCGGAUGUACUUAUUGGGUUGCCGCAAAAGUUUAUGCGGUUUUUUUCAAAGCUAA